GGAUUGCACGGGCCAUAGGCACCUAGUAUACAGAGAUCAUCCUUCAAAGAGGAAAGGGGAAACACUCUCACCCACCAUUAGUAUUUUUCAUUACCAUCACCCACUUUUCUUCCAUCGACAGAACCGAAGCGAUGUGCACAUUAGAGAAGAGAGGCAACAUAUUCUUCCUAACCUUAACUGGCACAGAUGAACACCGUUUACACCCCAACCUCAUCGACUCCAUCCGAGCCGCUCUCCGCACCGUAAAAUCUGAAGCUACUUCCUCUUCUUCCGCUCUGAUUACCACAGCCCAAGGCAAAUUCUUCUCCAAUGGUUACGAUCUUAAAUGGGCCUUAGUCGACAAAGCCCGUCAACAACUCAUGUCCAAGAAACUCCGUUCUCUCGUUUCCGACCUAAUCAAUUUGCCUGUCCCCACAAUCGCUGCUAUCACUGGACACGCGUCAGCUGCUGGGUUUGUAUUUGCGAUGUGCCAUGAUUAUAUCCUUAUGCGUAAGGAUCGAGGGUUUCUUUACAUGAGUGAGCUUGAUAUUGGGUUUCCUAUACCUAUUUGGUUUUCGGCUUUGUUGAAGUGUAAAGUUGGGUCGCCUGUGGUUUGGCGUGAGGUGGUGUUGAAAGCAACUAAGUUGACUGGUGACAUGGCAGUUGAAAGGGGUAUUGUGGAUUCGGUUUAUAAUGGAGUGGAAGAGACAGUGGAGGCAGCUGUGAAGCUAGGUGAAGAAUUGGUGAGAAGAAAGUGGGAUGGGAAAGUGUAUGCUGGUUGUAGGAAAACACUGUAUGUGGAGCUGUUAAAUAAGCUUGGUUCUGAUGAGACUGUGGGAGAUUAUGGGGACGACCAGGCAAAUAAGACUAUCUCCAAGCUGUGACCGACACUAUGACUCAGGCAUUUGAAAUAAAAGGAGUAUUCUGUUGGAGCA